AUGAGCAAGAAGGAUGACUUGUUGAAUAACUUUUACAAUUUUGAACUGGAAACUCCAAAAGAAUUUGAAAAGAUGGACAUUGUCAAGAAUUUAUAUGUGGAACAUCCGAGUGUCAAAGCCAUGAAAAACGAGUCCGAGGUACGAGCAAAAGAAGACAUCAAAGUUUUCUGCUCUCGUAAAGGAACUCCAAUCCCAAAGCCAGUUUUACUCUUUUCACAACUCAAUUUUCCAUCUUUUAUUCAAAAGCAAAUCCAAGAAAUGCAAUUCAAAGAACCAACAGCUAUUCAGAAACAAACAUGGCCAAUUGUUUUGCAAGGUUAUGACAUGAUUGGUUUGGCCGAAACUGGCAGUGGUAAAACGUUGGCAUUUGUAUUGCCAGGUUUAAUGCAUGUGUUGGCUCAAAAAGAGCUAAAGAAGGGAGAAGGACCGGUCAUGGUCAUUUUGACACCAACUCGAGAGUUAGCCAUACAAAUUCACAAGGAAUGUGAAAAAUUUUGUAAUGCAAGCCAAUCGGAAAGCAAACCAAUCAAGAUUGCUUUAUUGGACGAAGCAGACCGAAUGUUGGAUAUGGGUUUCAAUCCUCAAAUUUCUCAAAUUGCAUCUCAAAUUACUCCAGAACGACAAACUCUAUUUUUCAGCGCAACUUGGAAUCGUGCUGUUCAGUCCAUGGCCAUGUCUUACGUAAGCAAAACCGAGCCACACUUUAUUGUAAAUAUUGGAUCGAUAGAGACCAGUGCCAAUCACAAUGUUAAGCAAUCCUUUAUGUUUAUUCAAGAUAGCGACAAGAUGGCAAGACUAAUUGACAUGUUGGACAAACUUAUCAAGAAUCCUGAGGAUUGUUGGCCCUCACUAAGUAUUCACGGAGAACGAAAGCAAGAGGAAAGAGAGUGGGUUUUGAAUGAAUUUAGAAGUGGAGACACUCCGAUUUUAGUUGCGACCGAUGUUGCUGCAAGAGGUUUGGACAUUGAGAAUGUGAGAUUUGUCAUUAAUUAUGAUAUGCCUCACGAUAUUGAUUCCUAUAUUCACAGAAUUGGUAGAACUGGACGGGCAGGCAAAGAAGGAAAUUCUGUUUCGUUUUUCACUCCUGAUGAUGUUCAGUUGUGUGCACCACUCAUCAAGGUACUUGAGGAGGCUGAGCAAGAAGUGCCUGAAAAGUUAUUGAAACUGCACGAUCUCACUAUCAAGUCGCACGGAGAAUUAAGUAUUUCUCAACAAAAAGCAAAGGACAAGCUUGAUAUUUUACAAAAUAAAAAGAAAUAA